AUGUUGGAGUGCCAAACCUGCGGCGCUGCGGGCGACUCUUUCUUCAGCGAAAACUACUUUGGCGAGAUGGUGUGUGAAUUGUGUGGCACGCAGAGUUCCCUCCAGGCCCGAAAUGAGACGCUCGAUGUUGAAGACAUGGGACUGGAUCUCCCGACGGCGCUCAAGACGCUGAAGCGGCGCGUUACUCGCCAACCAAAGCGCUCAACAGACGACAAGCACAAGACUUUAACGAAGCGCAUCAAGCGGGAAAAGGGCGACAAUGAGGGGGACAAUGACGACGUAGAAGAGGGCAAUGAAAAGGUCAAGCAAAAGACGACACCUGCUUUGCCGCCGCUAUUGGAUUGCGUCAUUGCGACGCAAAUGGUUCUGGACGCAAUGGCGCGAGCACUUGUGACUCGCAUUGGAGCUGCUACGUUCCCAGCGGAGGAGUACCCGAAAGCAGUGAAGAAGCUGUGGUUCAUGUUUCUCCAGACGUGGGGCGUAAAAGGCACCAAGCCAUUGCUGCGGUGCUACAAUGAGUUUUUCCUGCACUUUACGCACGAGGAGAGAGUGAAGUUGGAACCGGCCGUGACGCUGGAUUUGCUCGAGCAAUGGGAUGCCGAGUGGGACGAACAGCGGGGGAGUCAAGAGGAGAAGCAGGAGGAAAAGGAGCAGGAGGAGCAGCAGCAGGAGGGACACGUUGCUGAAAACUGUGACGAAGUGGAGCACGACACGAGCCGAGGUGGGAAGACGGGUAAGGAAAAAAGUGUCAAGACAAAUGUUCGACUGUCAGGCACGCUGAACAAGUUUUCGAUCGUGGAUAUGAUUGGAAUCUUGAUGCUUGCUUCGCGUGCGCUGAAUUUGGGACUCCUGCCUAGUGAUUUUGCAGACUGGGUAGCGAAUGGAGUCAUCCCCUACCACAACUCGUUGGCCACCACUUGCGCUGACGCGCCGGAUGUGAGGGACUCGGUCAAGCAUGUGUCUCACUUUUUCCAGUCCUUGAUGAUUCGCCACCGAGCAAACACGGUUCAGAUUGCAUACUCGGCCAACCAUUUGAUGUACCACAUGGGGCUGCGAUUGCCUCCACUCAAUGUGCCGCUUGCCGCGCACCGCAUUUGCACCAUGAUGGGGUUCCCUGCAGAAGUCUUUCGUCAUUUCCAGUGGAUCUCAGGCUUCAUGAACGUUACAGGACCCAUGCCCGAAAAGCCACUGCUGCUACAGGCGGAAGCCGGUGGCGUUCCCAGGUUCAAUCUGACGCCCACAAAGGAAGACCGAGCGAGAGUGGACGGAAUACUCGAGUCCGAAGUUGGUAUCGUAGCGCAUUUGGUAGUAGCGAUCAAGAUGUGUGCGAACUGGCACGAGUGGAUUUAUGAGCGACGCCAUGAAGACGACGAAGACGGAGAAGGGGAUAAAAGCGAUGAUGGACGAGGCCACUUCAAGUCACCACCCGCUGCUGCAGUGCACAAUCCGCAUCUCCUUCUUCGGCGAGAUCUCGAUGCCUAUGUUCGGUUUGCGAGGGAAGUUUUCGUGGAUCCUGAACACUCUGGUAUCCCUGAACGCCUCCAAGAACACGCGAGAAAGCUUGAGCGCGUCGAGUCAGUAGACGAGUUGGCAGCCUCGGGUGGUGAUCCGGACAAGAGACUGAAGCAGAACAGUCUAUACGGCUACCCAGCUAUCCAUGUGGACGGAAUUCUUGCUGAGACCGAUGAGGCCAUCGAGGAGCGUAUGAAGCGUCUGCGAUCUGGAGAGACAAGAAGCGGAGCAGUGCAACGCGCCGAUGGAGAAGCGCAGUACGAUGCGUUCUUCUACCCGCUCUUUUAUCUUUCCAGUCAUCGCAGUGGGCUACAUGCUGCAACAGAGCAUGUGCUGGAGAUGUUGUGUCGGAAGAUUGACGCCCCCAUUGCGUCCGUGUUGCCCCGGCUGGCAGAGCUUGACAAACGAAUGCAGAGCCUAGUUUACCACUUUGAACGAACAGAGUAUCACGUCAAUUUGCUCAGACAAGGCCAAGCAGAGUGGAAAGCUGCGAAAAAGGCCGCUGAAGAUCACAAUGUCGUCAGGGCUUAA